CGCCAUUUUCUGUACAUUUUCUUAUGUGACUGGUAUAUGUAGGCUGUCGAACCACGUGAGAAGAAAUGCAGGUUUCACAGCUGCUCUUUGACUUUCUGGAAGACCAGGGUGAUGAGGAUUUCCAAACGUUUAAAUGGAACCUUAUGAAUGGCUCUGACAGCUGGGAAGCAAUUCCUAAAUCCCGUCUGGAGAAAGCUCCCCGGACAGAAACUGUGAGUCAAAUGAUACAGCGCUACGGUGAGGAGUCAGCUGUGAACAUCACUGCUAAGAUCCUGAGAACAAUGGGGAACAAAAACGAUGCAGUGAAGUUAGAGAAAGCAUACGCAGGGGCAGGGGCAGCUACAUCCUCCACCUCCUCCUCUGCUUCCAGACCUCCUGCUGCUCCUACUACAAUGUCUGCUCAACAAGGGGGUGUGGUCUUCGCUCCAGUGUUCGAUGGUAGUACCGUUGGAGCAGUGACUGUAAACAUCAACACUCCAAACCAGGGAAACUAAAAUACACCAUGAGGCUUUAGUUCAGGGUCAACUAUCUCAAUUAUCAGAUGGACUGUCAUGAAACUUACAUCAGGUAAUUAAAGCAAUAAAAUGACAAAUUAUAAUGAUUUAGUAACCCUCUGACUUCUAACCAUGUCCCCAAAUGAUAACGUGUACUAACAUUGAUCUCCUACUCUCUCUUUAUCUGGUUGAGAUGUGAUUUUGACACUGCGUAUCAAUCUAAACUAACAAUGUGAACAUGGUCAACAUUCAGCAAGUCCUCCAAAUUAAACAAGGCCAAAGACAUUAUUAGACCAAGUGAGUCCAGAUUGACAUAUAUGAGUGUUUUCUAAUCUGGAGCCAAAAUGAUAUAGUCUGUCUUUGCUUUCCAAAACUGUAACACAUUAGGCUACUAGUUAAGAUCUGGUUUGGUUUAGGCACAAAUACCACUUACAUAGGAAUAAGGAAAGAUAAUGAUUUGGGCUAAAAUGGUCUCUUUCUUAAAGGGAUUGUUUGUAUUUUUUAGAAGUGGGGUUGUGAGAGGUAGCUACUGUAUACAUAGUCAUUGUAUUACCUGCAGUACAUUUGGGUAACCCUUUUUUUUAGGUGGCUAAAGUAUCGUCCACAGCUGUACAGCGCUUAGCUAACUUGGUGCAUGCCGACCCAAAUCUUCUGUAAGUAAUACAUUGACUGUGAAUAACCACAAAAAUUCAAACUAUCCCUUUAAGGGUACAUAAACAUGUAGUGUGGGUUAAAGUUAUUACCUCCUUAAAGUUAGGUGACUCUUAUCAUCAUGGAUACAAUAAGAACAACGGGGUAAAGGUUAGGGCAUGAUCAUAUAGUUUUAUAGUUACAUUCUUUGGAUUUUUUUCUAAUUGUCACCAUGACCAUUAUAAUGAUGUGACACCAGCUAUGGCACAAUAUAGAUGUAUUAAACACAGCUGUCAUUAUAAUCUUAACAGUAAGAUAAUGGGCUCUUUUGGUAAAUUUUAAUGAGAAAUUUUACUACACGUUUGUUACAAAAUAAAAACCACCAUAAUAAAUAACAAAACAAGCAUUAUAACUGCUUUUUCACCACUAGAUAGCUGGUUUCCAAAUCAGGGUUUGAUAUGAAAACAUGAAGUAUUCACUAUGUGUAUUUUUAAUGUAUAAUGUGUUAAACAUUCCUUUGUCUGAACUCAGUGUCUGCCUUUUGCAUUUUGACUUGUCACAGUAGGAAAAGCAGAUUGAAAAUAACGCCAUCAUUAUUAUUUUUUAUUAUUUUUGUCACGUCUGUGACAUGCCUCUGUGAAAACGGCCUGCUCGUUAUCUUUACCUCAAACCAGCAUCACUGCACAGAAAAAGUUUUUUCCCCAUUAAAUUGUUGAUACUGGUAUUUAAACAGAUUUUACUUUCAGGCUCUUUUCAUAGUUACAUGUCAGUAUGGUGCUUUGCCAUCUCUACCUCAUGUCAGCAGGUGGAGCUGCAGCCACAUCUGAGCAACAAAAACCUCACAGACUAAUAACCAAAAAUACACUCUGUGCCUAUUUUCAUUUCACAGUAGAAAAAAAACUCACUGUGGAAUAACUGAGGGAACAUGUGCUUGGACUUUUCAGACCCUUUUUUAGUCAUGCUGCCAUUUUUCUAAAAAGAGUUCUGUAUUUUUAAAAGUUGUUUCAUACCAAAGAAAUCAGUGAUUAUUUUAUACAUCAUGUAAAGGAGUGAAUGUGAAGCUGAAUGUACACGAUUUUGUUAGUUUAGAUCAAUCAAAGUCCAGAAGAUGUUAGCCUAAAUAAAAGGGAUCUGUAUAAUGGAUUUGGUCUUGUUUUUGUAUUUCUUUCAUUAAAUUGAG